CACUAACAUAUAGGAAUUAAAUAUACAGUGUAAGUACUCAUAACGACACCGUCUAGUCAUGUGACAUAACACCGUUUCUUGCUGACGAUCCACCUGGAAGAUUUGCUGACAAGUAUUCAACAUAUUCUGGGGUUUAUACUGCUACAGAAAUUGUUUUUACUUGUUUUAAACACCAUCUGCUCUCAAAAUGGUGUUAGCCGACCUUGGGAGAAAAAUUACUUCUGCCCUGCGCUCUUUAAGCCAUGCCACAGUUAUAAACAAAGAGGUUCUAGAUGGAAUGCUUAAAGAAAUUUGUGCUGCUCUUUUGGAAGCUGAUGUUAAUGUGAUAUUAGUAAAAGAACUUAGAGAAAAUGUCAGAUCUGUGAUAGAUUUUGAUGAAAUGGCAGGAGGUUUAAACAAAAGGCGUAUGAUUCAGUCAGCUGUUUUUAAAGAGUUAAUGAAGCUUAUUGAUCCUAAAGUGCGUGCAUGGCAGCCAAGCAAGGGCAAAUCUAAUGUGAUCAUGUUUGUUGGAUUACAAGGAAGUGGUAAGACAACUACAUGUACAAAGCUGGCCUAUUAUUAUCAUAAGAAAGGUUGGAAAACCUGUCUUAUCUGUGCUGACACAUUUCGUGCUGGUGCCUUUGAUCAGCUGAAGCAAAACGCCACAAAAGCUAGGAUACCGUUUUAUGGGAGUUAUACAGAAAUCGAUCCAGUUGUUAUUGCUCAAGAAGGUGUUGAAAAAUUUAAAGCUGAGAAUUUUGAAAUAAUUGUUGUUGAUACUAGUGGCCGACACAAACAAGAAGAUACUUUGUUUGAAGAAAUGUUACAGGUUUACAAUUCCAUUCAUCCAAAUAAUGUGGUCUUUGUUAUGGAUGCUUCCAUUGGUCAAGCUUGUGAAGCUCAGGCCCGUGCUUUCAAAGAAAAAGUAGAUAUUGGUUCUGUAAUUAUAACUAAACUUGACAGUCAUGCAAAAGGUGGUGGAGCUUUAAGUGCAGUGGCUGCAACAAAAAGUCCAGUAAUUUUCAUUGGAACUGGAGAACAUAUUGAUGAUUUUGAACCAUUUAAAGUUCAACCAUUUGUUAGUAAACUUCUUGGAAUGGGUGACAUAGAGGGCUUGAUUGACCGAGUCAAUGAACUGAAGUUGGAUGACAAUGAGGAACUUAUGAAGAAACUAAAGCAGGGUCAGUUCACUCUGCGUGACAUGUAUGAACAGUUUCAAAAUAUCAUGAAAAUGGGACCAUUUGGACAAAUUAUGGGUAUGAUACCUGGUUUUGGCAGUGAAUUUAUGAGUAAAGGCAGUGAACAAGAGUCAAUGGCUCGACUCAAAAAGUUUAUGACUAUUAUGGACAGUAUGAAUGAUGAAGAACUUGACAGUUUAGAGGGAGAAAAACUAUUUGCCAGGCAGCCAUCACGAUACCAGAGAGUUGCUCGAGGGGCAGGUGUAUCUGUUCGAGAAGUUAGUGAACUCUUACAACAAUAUAAGAAGUUUGCCCAAAUGGUGAAGAAGAUGGGAGGUAUUAAGGGACUUUUCAAAGGUGGAGACAUCAACAAAAAUGUCAAUUCUGCUCAAAUGACAAAACUCAAUCAACAAAUGGCCAAAAUGAUGAACCCAAAAGUUUUGCAACAAAUGGGUGGAAUGCAAGGACUACAAUCCAUGAUGCGUCAGUUCCAACAAGGUGCUGCUGGAAAACUUGGAAAUAUGUUCAACAUGGGAGAGCGUUAAUGGCAAUAAUUAGUAUAAUGAAUUGUUUAUAUAUUAUUACAUACACAACUAUAAACAAACACACGACUAGACAAUUACGUCUACAUCGUCUCCCACAUUGAGAAGAAAAAAUAAUAAAAUGUAUUUUUUUGAAACCCAAAAUUAACAGAAUAUUUCUAAUUAUUUGUAAAACAAUAUCCUUUACCAUUUCUUCCAAUACAUUUGGAUGUUUAUGAGCUUUGAUCUUGAACACCACAAAUGGUUGACUAAUUCCUAUGAAUUUGCUUAUUUAAAUUUUAGAAAUUAAAAGAUUUUUAUAUUAAAUAUAUUUGAUUCAGACUGGUA